CGCAAGCUUGUCUGAAGGUCCUGACUGCGAUUGAUUCUGAGCUGCUGAAGAACAUCCUCGUGUUUCCCUCAUUGCCGAUUUCCAGCUCUAAACAACAGCUACUUGUGCAAGAUGCCGGCUGUGUCCCAGAUUUCCAGCGGCAUCUUCAAUGGCCUGAUUCGAAAAAAUGCUACCUGGCUAACGACCAUCUUCCUCGGCGCCUUCACUUUUGAAUUGGGGUUCGAAGGUGCAACGAACUCUAUAUGGGACAACUGGAACAAAGGCCGGCAAUGGAAAGACAUCAAGCACAGAUACAUGCAGCAAGCAGAAGAAGAGGAAGAGGAGUAGUUCGACUAGUACAGGGUGUUUGAAGGAUGGAGUUACAAUCACAACUGAGGUACCCAAGGAAGCAAGGGCAAGAGCAUGUCUGCUGUGAGGCGAGACACUCAGGAUGACUAUGUACAUAACCACGAAGGACGAGAAAAGCCCGAAAAUUAAAACCAGUUUCCGACCUUUCUACCCGCACCAUUUCCUGGCAGUUUCAGUGGCGGAUAGAGGCGGUCGCUGCAUCUCGUACAGAAUUGAGUACCCGCGAACCCGCUAUUGAAUGAGUAUCAAUGAUUCGGAUCAGGUACACUUGGUGGCGGUAGAAGCCGGAUAGGGAGGAUCGACUUUUGAAGGAUCUUUGUGCCCUGCCCUAUGACUGUGACAUGUGG